AUUUUUCCAUAUUAUAAUACUCCUUAUGCAGUAAUUAGGGGAAAACAUAUCACCGGUUGGAGGCGCUGUUUCCGGCGAUUCACAGUCCGGUCUUCUUCAUCUUCAGUUCCCCAGCCAAAACCUGACCUCCCGUCUAUAUGUACAGAAAGCAUUCAGUCAUCAAACGUGAACCCUAGUUGGCUGCUUCCAACAGAGUUCUCCAGCUAUGGAGGAGGUGUACAAUCACAAUGCUGCUGACGGACCUCAUCCCAUUCUAGUUCAUAAUGAAAGACUUAAGGAUAUGAUUUCUGGAGGCUCAGAAGACCUUGAUUCCUGGUACUCACUGAUAACAGAGAUUGAAAAAACCUACCCUGAUGAUAGGAAUGCGAUUUGUUUGGCUUUUGACUCCUUUUUGUCUAAGUUUCCACUAUGCCACUGGCAUUGGAAAAGAUAUGCUUAUCAUGAGGCACGGCUGUGUAAUGCUGAAAAAGCUGUUGAAAUCUUUGAGCGAGCUGUGGAAUCAACACCAUUUUCUGUUGGUCUGUGGGUUGACUAUUGUACCUUUGCUGUGAAUUCGUUCGAGGAUCCAUUUGAUAUUCGUAGGUUGUUUACCAAAGGAAUCUCCCUUGUUGGGAAGGACUACUUCUGUCAUGUCUUAUGGGACAAGUACAUGUCCUUUGAGUUCUCUCAGGAGAAGUGGGGCUUCCUUACUCUAGUUUAUGUACAGGCUCUACGCUUCCCCACUAAGAAGUUGCAUAAGUACUAUGAGAACUUUAAGAAGCUUGUAACCAAUUUAGAAGAGGAGAUUCUACAUCUCAGUGAUGACAGCCGUGAAGUACAACUAAAGGAAUUAUCCGAUGCAACAGUUGCGUUAUCAAAUAAAGAAAUUGCUCAAGUUGUUAAGGACCUCCAGGAUCCUAGUGACAGUUCAAUCAGAGUGAAAGCACUGUAUAAGUACAGAUACUGUGGAGAUCAGCUAUACCGGAAAGCGUGUCAACUAAAGGAAAAAAUUAAAAGUUUUGAAUCAAACAUCCAGAGGCGAUAUUUCCAGGCAAUUCCUCUUGACAACUAUGAGCUGAAGAACUGGCAUGAUUAUCUCGACUUCAUCGAAAAGCAAGAUGAUUUUGAUUGGGCCCUAAAACUGUAUGAGAGGUGCUUGAUAUCCUGUGCCAACUACCCUGAGUUCUGGAUACGUUAUGUUGAUUUUAUGGAGACUAAGGGAGGACGAGAGCUAGCGAUUUUUGCUUUAGAACGAGCAACAAAAGUUUUCUCAAAGAAUGUUCCAGAAAUCCAUCUUUUUACUGCUAGAUAUAUGGAGCAAAUUGGAGAUCCAGAUGGUGCUCGUGCUUCCUUUCCUCCUAUUAAUGCAGAUUGGGACUCCUGUUUCAUUCAAUAUGUUACUAAUCGAGCAAAUAUGGAAAAACGUCUGGGAAAUUGCUCAGCUGCUUGUGAUAUUUACAAAAGAGCAAUUAAUAUGGCAGUAAAGGAGCAGAAAUUCCAAUGCAUUCCUAUGCUAUACAUUGGUUAUUAUCGUCUUCGACACAUGAUCACUUCUAGUGUGGAGGCUGCAAGAGAUGUAAUAAUUGAUGGAAUAAAGCGUUUCCCUGGUUUUAGACUUCUUUAUGAGGAAUUGAUAAGAUUUGCAAUGGUGCAUGAAGGAACUAAGCAAUUGAGCAUUGUAGACUCUAUCAUAGCUAAUGCAAUCUCUCCUGUGUCAGACGUAUCCCAAGAUUUGGAUGUAAAAGAUCGAGAGAGUAUAUCCUUAUUAUUUUUGGAGUUAGUUGAUCUUUGUGGUUCUAUCUCUGAGAUAAGAAAGGCAUGGAGUCGUCACAUCAAAUUGUUUCCUCAGUUCAUAAGAACCAAUACCUCAUCUAAACACAUAAGUACUGAGAAGAGUGCACUGAACAGCUUUACUGAGCAAAGGAGAAACAUUUCCUAUGUCUUAGUUAAUCAGCCAUCAAAAGGACCGAGUUCUGGCCAUAUGAUCCAGCUGUCCAAACGAGAGCAGGUGCAUUUACUGACACUUGAAGAUGGGAAUCAACCAGAUCAGCUUUCUGCAGACCCGUCUUUAGCUGUGGUCAAUGGCAAUGAUGUGACUGGUAAACAAGAACAGCUAUCUCCAGAAAUGGAAGAUCUAUCCAGUGGAAAUGGCUCUGGAAAAAAUGAGUUGUCAUUUGAGCCUGUGGUUCAAUCAAAGGAUGAUUCAUCUACGCCGAUGGAAUUAAGUCAUGGUCCAUCACAGCAGAGGAGAGAAGAUUUGCCUGGACCAAUGGACUUCUCUUAUGAUUCCAUACCCCAACCUGGAGAAGAUGUAUCCAAGUCUCCUGGGCCUGUACUGGACUUUAAAAAACCACCAAGGCCCUUUUCUGUUUUAGAAGCCUCACAAGAACAUCCAAGUUCAGAAAUUAUCAAUCGAGAUCAGGAUGUUGAACUUGAACAGCCACCAAUGCCGGUUUCCUUGGAGUAUCUUUCCUUGGUUUCUGGGGAAACGGAAUCCCAGGACUUUGUUGCCAUGCAUUCUGAUGAUCUUGAAAGUGGUGAAGAAAUUCCUUCAUCAAGCACGGGCAAACCACAAGAUCCUGUAAAUGAUGGAAAUGGACCAGUUAGUUGUUCAUCUCCAGCUGUUACUGCUGAAAGUUCACAGCUAAAUGAUACAGUCGCAGUUCCUGAGGGAAAUAGUUCAAAGGUGCCCAAUCAACCUGCAGGAUAUGAUCAGCAGCCACAACGAGCUGCUUCACAAGAACUGCGCCUGUGUGAUUCUCAGGGUGAUUCACAGAUCCAACAGGUCCUGGAUAAGGCUACUGUGCAGUGUCAAUCAGGUACAUCUCAGGGGAAUAUCCCGAGUAACCAAUGCUGGACAUUGAAUAAUAUGCCACAGCCGAUCUCCAUGUCUGGAAACCAUCCCCAGGCGUCUUCCUCACCUGUUUCUUAUUCUCAACCAAGUAUAGCUCAACAUUCUGUGAACAAUAGCCAGCAAAUUGGGCUGAAUCCCCAUCACGAAGCAUUGAAUAAAAAAUCACGACACAUCUCUCUAUCAGAAAACCACGCUCAAAUGUCUUCCUCACAUGCUUCAUUUUCUCAACCAAGUACACCUCAACAUUCUGGGCAGAGUAGGCAGCAAAUUGGGCCCUUACACCACCAGGAAGCACUGAAUCAAACAUCGCAACACCAUUACCAGCAGCAGCAUCUUUUGCACGGCCAGUAUCAGCAAAAUCAGCUGCAAAUGCAACAGCCCUACACUAGUAUACAACAGCAACAGAUGCAUCCACAUCCAAGUCAACAGCUGUAUCAGCAGCAGCAGCUUAUUCAGCAACAGAGUCAGCAGCAAACACCUCUACCGCAACAGCAACAGUAUUUCCAGCAAAUUCAUUCUUCACAAUAUCAACAACAGCAAUAUCUUCUGCACCAGCUACAAUAUUUACCACAGGUACACCAACUAUGGCAACAGCAGUUUCAACAGCAAGCACAACAGAUGCAACCACAGGAAGGCCAGCAAACGCAGCAACACUUUCUGCAAACACAGGAGCAGCUGGAGCAAUAUCGUCAGUCCCAAGAACUUGCAUACCAGAUGCAACAACAUGGUUAUCAACUACUCUUGCACCAGUACCAAGUACAUCAACAAGGAUAUCAGAGUAUGCAACAACAACAACAAUGGCAACAACAGGGACAUCUCCAAUUACAGCAGUACUCUCACCUACAACAGCAGCAAUGUCAUCAUCUGGAGCAGCAAACAGAUGAGGAUUACAAUCAAACUCAUCAGGGUCAACAGGUUGUGGAGCCACAUUCUUCAGGAACUCCUGCUCCUGCUUCUGCUCAUGAAUCAGAAUCACCAGAAACUGCAAGGCAACCACAUUCUGCAGAAAAAUCUUGAUAUUCUGUAUCCCCUUAUAGGCGGGCCCCUGCUCAUGGAAUCUCACCUUUACAUAGUAUGGGCACAUUGGCAUCAGAGGCUUCUUCAUUUUCAGGACAAAUUCUUCCAGAGAUCAGUAAGAUUGGAGUAUGUUUGUGCCCUAGAGUCGCAAAUGAAAGUCACAGAGAAAGGAAAAGGUGUUGAGAUCAAAAGCCAAAGAGGUUGUUACUUCUCUGUGUCUAUCACGUAUUUUUAGAUUUUGUUCCAGGACCUCAAAUGUAUCUCUACUCAGUGGUCUAAACUGCCCUCUCUUUGCAUCUAUCAUAUGAUCAAAGUUUGUUUGAGUCAAGAUUGGUUUUGUCGCCAAUGGAUUGAAUAGGUCAUAAUCCAACUUGUUAAACUUAAGUAGUUGUUGGUUACACUUUUUAUGGCUUAAAUUGACAUCUUAGGGUGUCGAAUAGAUUGGUUGAGUGAUGUGG